UUAUCUUCUACCCAUGGGGACGAAGUCGCGGGCGACAGCUAGUUAUUUUAUACUAGCCAUGCCAGUGGCUUCGUUCACGUGUAAAGUGACUUAAUGCAGUGCUUUUUUGUAAAAUUUUCUAAGUGAUUCUCUAAAUUGGCAAACCAACAACCAAUUUAUUAUGAACAUUUUAGUUACAAGUAAAGAGCAAUUGAACCGGAAUAGCCGGUGAACCUAUAAGCAUACUGCAUUGAUUCAUUUAUUUGGUAUCCUUGUCAAAGACCUAUUAAAAAGGCCCGUCUCUAAAGGACGCUUCCUUUGCCGUGACAAACAGUGAAAUCUGUCAAACUGUAUUGCUGAAAAAAAUAAUAUUUUGUAUUUCAUAGUAUAAAAAAAUGUUUGGUAUAAAUUUUUAAGUGAUGGUGACGUCACGCAUGUCAAUAUCGAUGUAGGUAAGUACUCGAUACGUUUACUAUAUAAAUGUCGAAAGUUGAACAUUACGGCUAGUGUAAUUUACUCUCAGAGGCUAUUUUUUUUCCCUAGUCAUGAUAUUUGGUUUGUUUUUAAUAUGGCUUGCGGUAGGGCCUGCGAUGGGACUCCUCGAUCCGAACUUGAAAGUAAGGUACGAUUUCUCAAUAGACGCGUUUGGCGAAACCGCGUUCAUAGAAAUGCCUCUAUACGAGAGUGAUGCAGUACUCAAAGGCUUUGUAGAAAAGUCGCGCCCCCCAAGUCCUUCGGGGCUGGAGAAUCUGAAGCUGUUCUGUCCUGCCGACGACUAUACUGUCUGCGUGCUCUAUGACGAUACUCGAUUCGUUGCAGGAUUGCAAAUUGCGGUUGAACCCGAUGCAUUCACAAAUAUUGAGUACGACUGGGAGACACAAGGCUAUACCAGCUGGACCACAGAGAUUAAUGAUGUCACCAAGGAAUACUAUACUAUGCAACAGUACUUUAUGUCCGGCGAAUUCUUACAACGAAACCCAGUAGAUCGCAUUGUGUCUCGUAAUUCAUCAAUUCUACUACAAGAUGGCGCUCUUUGGGUGACAGCGUUUGACGGUGAUCUGUAUGAGAUUUCUACCACUCCGGGCGCUAUCACAGGCCCUAACAGCAUCUUUACGAAGCAGAACUGUAUUCAAUGGAUGGGUACUCACUACUACUACAACAUGUCAGCUGAGACGGAAUGCAGUGCUGGCACCAUAUUCCCAUGGUUCCCUCUCGUGUUUGACGACCAGCUCAUCGGAAUAGGCUACAAUAUAUUCGCCAUAAGCAUCCCUGGAAAGGGACCUGUCAAAUUGUUUGAGUAUUCUGGAGAUACUGCUGUGAAGUACACGAUCCCCAAUGGUCCACAAUGCCUCUACGACCUAUCAGCCCGUGUAGGACAGAUCACGAUGCAUACUUACUUCAUAAAUGCGCCUUACGAUGUUAACUGUUUGGCACAAAUACCUGCUUAAAACUAUGUUAAUUUAAUAAACGACUUAGUUAUUCACAA